AUGAAGGAAUCUGGCUACUAUGUGAUCAGAAAAGCUAAUCUAGAACAAACAUGCCCAAUAGAGACGAGGAACAAGUACCUAAAGAAAGCGACCUCGAGGGUGAUUGCAGCCGUGUACAAAGUGAAGUACAAUGAUCCUACUAAAGGACCGACUCCUUUGGAUCUCCAGCAGAUGGUAUUAGAAGAAUUGAGGGUGGAUGCGUCGUACAGCAAAUGUUGGAGGGCGAAGGGGAAGGCUCUGGAGGGAAUAUUUGGUUCUGAUGAUGAAUCUUACGAGGAUCUUCCUUGUUUUCUCCAUGUUCUAAAAGAAGCAAAUCCUGGUACUGUAACCGAUAUUAAAACUGAAGUGGUUGAAGAUGGCAGAGAAAGGUUUCUGUAUAUGUUUUUGGCUUUUGGGGCUUCCAUAGAAGGUUUUAAGAAGCUUAGCCGUGUGAUUGUUGUGGAUGGGACUCAUCUCAAUGAGAAGUAUAGUGGAGUUCUUUUGACAGCAAGUGGCCAAGAUGCUAAUUUCCAGGUUUUUCCGCUUGCUUUUGCUGUUGUGGACAGUGAGAACGACGACGCUUGGACGUGGUUUGUUGAGAAAUUAGAACGAAUCAUUGCGGAUAGUAAGAGCUUGACCAUAAUUUCAGAUAGGUGCAGCUCAAUAUAUGUAGCCAAGAAGAGGGUGUUCCCUUUGUCACAUCAUGAAUCUUGCAUAGUACAUCUAGCCAGGAAUGUUAAUGCGAAGUUUCAUAGUAAAGGACUUGUAAAACUUGUGACGAAUGCAGCGUUUGCCUAUAAGGUAACUGGUUACCAAGAAAUUUAUAGACAAAUCAAAGCCAAAAACGCCAACUGUGCCGCUUAUCUGGAUAAAAUUGGAGCAGCUCAUUGGAGUAGGGCUUAUUUCCAAGGGAACCGUUACAAUUUUGAUGACCUCCAACAUUGCAGAGUCUCUGAACAAUGUGUUAGGAAAGGGGUGAGGCUGUCAUAUUGUUGA